AUGCCUUUGCAACCUACCGUCAGCACUGCCAACCGUCCGCGCAACCCUCGUGGCCCAAAAGGUGGCAAAACCCACCUCGACCACGACGAGCGUCGUUCCAUCUACGAAAGCCUACUUGCUGUCUCGUCCUCUGGCAUACUGCCUCGAGGUGCCAUCGUCAAGCUAGCCAGACAGCACAACUGCCACCCCGACACAGUGCAGCGCGUGUGGGCCCGUGGACAGAGCUCCAUCCGUGAAGGCCACAUCAGCGCCGAUGUUUCGUCGAAAAUCCGAGAGCUGUACUUGUUUAGGCAAUUCAGGUCGCAAAAAAACGCGCACAAGUGA